GUGCCUGCCGCGGAGGGCGACGUGGCCACGGCGAUGGUGGCCGCAAGCGGUCUGUAUGCGGACGUUGCGGCGCUGGUGGAGGCGUGUUCCCAGGCGCGCUCUCAGCGCGAGGCCAGCGCGUCCAGCUUGCGUGCAGGCGCGGCCAUGGAUCCGCGCCCGGGCUGGGGCCUCGGGCCCGAUGGCGAGUUGCAGCAGGCGCAGGGGCCUCUGGGUGUGGAGAAGUCUGGCUUGCUCGUUCUUGCUCCAAUGUGGUUGGGCCCAUCCCUGUUGCAGGACAUGCCGACGAAGCCUAGUAGGCUUCGGGGGCUUUUGGAGACGGGCCGCAAGCACUUCGAGUUCGCGUCCUCGCUUGUGCGGCAGCAGGUUGUCAGAGGUGGUCGGGUGCUCUUCGAGCUUCCCUGGGAGGCGACCUCGCGGCGCGUGGGGUGCGUCGUCGAUAUUUUGGCGACGAUUGGCAUGCAGCGCGUGCGAUGCGAUCAGUGCCUCUCCGCCCAGAUCUCGGUGGAUGGAUCUGGCCAGGUCGGGCCGGCUCGCAGGGCGAUUGGGUUCAUGGUGAACGACCCGUUCACCGCUCGAGCCGUGUCGCGACAGUGCCACGGAGAGCACGGGCACGUGCAGUCGCUCGGAGGUCGGGGGAAGACGUGGGACGAAUAUCCACCCGUCCAGGUGGUGGAGAUCUUUCGAGCUCUGAGGAGCUCGAUGCGCGCUGCUGAAGGCGGCGUGGCAGAGGGGGUGUUCGGCAGAGGUCGUGAGCUGACGAUCUCUGCGGUGGAGGCCGGGCCUGUCCUGGAGGAGCUGGAGCUCCUGGCGAGGCCCGAGAGCCCCGCCUAUGAGGACGUGUUGAUGUCGCUCGAGAUUUCGCGGGCCACGUGCGGCUUGAGGGGCGCAGGCGUGUCUUUCGACAGGAAAGUCGAGCCCGCCAUGGACCUCGCCAGCGCGACCUUAGGGAAGUUCAGCGUCUGCUCAGGAUUUCGUAGGUCUGGUGACUCCGUGGUGCGGGGUGUGCGAUGGGGUGGCGACUUCACCCUCGGUGGCAAGAGGUUGCGCUGCGCGGAGUUUGUGGGCGAGCUCGGGGAAGGCCUCUUGGCAAAGCGCGCGGCCGCGCUGGGUCCAAGCCCGGAGCGCGGCGAC